GUAGAAGUCUCGGGGCACGUUCAUGUAAUUAACAAUUUCUAUGUCCAUUCCCAUUUCCCCCGAGAACAACCAAACCCUCAUUCAAAGUUCUUCGUCGAGUACAAAAUUUCAAAUUUGGGGGCAAAAAACUAAUUAGGGUUUUUUUUGGGACGGCGAACAUGUCGAUGGGGAGGCCCAAGGAGCUUCAGUUGGUUGGCAAGCCGGAGCCGUCGGCUGGCUCGAAGGCGCUUGUCGAGUACACGCCGCCUGUAUUCAAGGAGGAAGAGGAGGACCUGGAGAUCAAGCUCCGGCGGAUCCUCGAGAACGUUCCAGUCCGCGUCAGCAAUACCUCCGGUAGCUCCGCCGGCUCCGGCUCCGGAGACUUCCACCAGUAUCGCCAGAUGAGACGGAAAGAGCAAGAUCGGCUUACUAGGAUGGACGUUGACUACCAAAGAAGAAAAGAACUGGCUGAAUUCAAUAUGAGAAGGGAGGAAAGAAUGAAAGCUGCUGAGGAACGAACAGCGAAGAAGCGUUCCAAACGUCAAAAGAAAAAACAAAGGAAAAAGGAGAAGAAAAGUGAAUUGAAUGGAGGAGGAGAAGAGCAUCAUAAGGAAGAAUCUUCGGAUGAUGAAGGGGAUUCUGAUGAUGGUGAGGAGGCAGCAAAAUAAAUGAAUAAGCUUUCACCAAAGUCUGAUUUUCAAGUAUUGGCUCAAGAUUUACAUUAGCAUCUUCAAGUAAAAGGACAAAAUGGGGCACGCCAACUUCUUUUGGAUUUCAGUUUCUGUAUUCUACUUUUUGCCGUUUGUGUAAGCUGAAGUCCUCUGUAUGUACCUGCGGAUCAGAUAAUCUGAAAUGGUUGGUUCUGUUAAACAAUUUUUCUACCCUUCUUGCUGAUAGACUGCUGCCUCUUCUACGUUCUACCCAACUGCAAUUGGAAUGUCAAUGACUUUUGUAGAACAUAAUGGAUUGAGUUUUGAACA